UUUUUUUGCCAACUUUUUCUGAAAAAAGUUUCUUUAUUUAUCUCUUUCUUUAUUGCCCCUACGAAACAUUUAAAGUUGUUUUUGUGGCUAUUGUAAUAGAAGUAUAAAUGGUUAGCAAUAAAGCGCGCAUCUUUUCGCAUAAAUGUAAAAGUAUACGAGAAAAGGAGGAUGUAACUGAUCACGUUUAACUGGUUAUUUUUAUUUUAUUUUUAUUUAAAAAUAAGACUAAAAAUCCUCCCAAAAAUUCUUCCAAAAAUCCUCCCAAAAAUCUUCCAAAAUCCCUCUAAAAAUGUAUUUAACAAAAUUAGCAUCAAAUCUAUCCGUCCUCCUUUCAGUAGCUGCCUUAGCCUGUUGUGCAUUUUUCAUUCCGGCAUUAAUCGGGAAAAUUAAUAAAAUUACUGAGGACUUGGAAGCUGAAAUGGCGGAAUUUAACAAACUUCAAUCUAGAAUAUGGGAAAAAGCUAAUUUUAUAGGGGGAGAGAAUAAAGGGAUUGGACAAAAUGAAAAUAUUGGCACUUUUCUUCUUGAUAAAAUUAGAAGACAAAGAAGACAAACAAACGAUUACUCCGGUGGGGUAAGUGGGACAACUGUUGCUGGACAGUGCUCCUGCCUGGCAGAAAAUAAGUGCCCUCCAGGUCCUCCUGGGCCGAAAGGAAAGCCUGGAAUGGAUGGGGAGGCAGGAAAACCUGGGACGCCUGGCCCAACUGGUCAGCACGGCUGUAGCCCUCCUGUUAUGAUUCAACAAGGAGAAGUGAAUUGCAGAAUGUGCCCAAACGGUCCUCCAGGUUAUCCCGGUCCACCAGGCGAACGUGGCGAAGAUGGAAAGCCUGGCACAGACGGAGAGCCGGGCCCGAAGGGAUUGCCUGGACAUCCAGGACCGCCUGGGCCACAAGGAAUACAUGGAGAAGCAGGAAUGCCAGGAAAAGCUGGGCCAGCAGGAAGUCCAGGUCGGAAUGGCUCUACUGGUGGAAAAGGCGAAGUGGGCGCACCUGGUACGAAAGGGCAAAAAGGUCCUCAAGGAGUUCCCGGGCAUUCAGGACCUGACGGAAAGCCAGGAAUGCCUGGGGCAAGAGGACCACCUGGAAAUAUGGGCGAACGAGGAGAUCAAGGAAAAGAAGGGCCACCCGGCAAUAGUGGCGAUGGAGGAGGGCCAGGAACUGAUGCAAGGUAA